AUGGGGGAUGGAGGCACAAGAAGAUAUGGUCUGCUGCAGGAUCUCCUGCUAAUGGUGGUUUCUAGUGUCUCUAUGUACUAUAUCGCUAAGAGCGUAGUAUCACAUCUACCAUUAGGAGGGGAUCCGGACAAAGAACAGCAUGAGCAAGCCCGCGUCAAGGCCGUCGCCAACCUCCGAAGGCUAAACAAGUCGCGAGAUGAUCAAGACUCAGAGGACGAUUCGCGGGGUUCAAAGGAUAAAUCUAGGCGGCCUCGGUCAGAAGAUUUGGUUUUGGAUCAAUAUGAGAGCCAAAUCGCUAUGGAGGUCGUAGCUCCGGAGGAUAUACCCGUGGGUUUCGAUGACAUCGGCGGUCUUGACGAUAUUAUUGAAGAACUCAAAGAAUCAGUCAUUUACCCCUUGACGAUGCCACACUUAUAUUCGCAUUCUUCUUCUCUCUUAGCAGCGCCUUCGGGUGUACUCCUCUACGGUCCUCCAGGUUGUGGCAAGACUAUGCUCGCAAAAGCUCUGGCCCAUGAAAGUGGAGCUUGCUUCAUCAAUUUACAUAUAUCAACACUUACGGAGAAGUGGUACGGCGACUCAAACAAGCUUGUUCGGGCCGUCUUCUCCUUGGCUCGCAAGUUACAACCAAGUAUUGUCUUCAUUGACGAGAUAGACGCUGUUCUUGGACAAAGGCGAAGUGGAGAGCACGAAGCGAGUGGCAUGGUGAAAGCAGAAUUCAUGACACUCUGGGAUGGUCUCACAUCUUCUAACCAAAAUGGUCUUCCAGCCCAAAUCAUGAUUCUUGGUGCAACCAACCGUAUUCAGGAUAUCGAUGAAGCCAUCCUCCGAAGAAUGCCUAAGAAAUUCCCAGUCUCUCUCCCAACAAGGUCCCAGAGGAAACGGAUCCUGGAACUUCUGUUGAAUGACACUAAAACCGACUCGGAUAACUUCGAUAUCGAGUAUCUAACCCGAGUCAUGGCAGGCAUGUCAGGAAGUGAUAUCAAGGAAGCUUGCAGGGACGCAGCAAUGGUCCCAGUACGAGAAUUCAUCAAAGAGCAAAGGAAUCGCGGGGUGUCAAUGUCUGGUGUCAGACCUGAAGCCGUCCGCGGCAUUAUGACUGAAGACUUUUUUGGGAGAAAGGGUGGCACACAGAGCAUCCAAAAAAAUCACGCACGCCAAUCUGCUAAGCGGGCUCCAAAGCGAAUCGACACAGUCGAAGAAGUCGAAGCAUCGAGCGAUGAGUAUGAGGACGUCGAUGAUGAAAACGAUGUACCGAUCGUAGAUUGA